ACACACAGCCCACACCACCUCUCAACUGUUUGCAUCCUCCCAAUCCUUGCAAAGCAACAACAAACCUAGCAAGUUUAGCUGAGCACCUCUCAGUGAGCAAUAGCAGCCAUGGCUUCCAAGUUCCAGCUGAUCUUCUCGACCUUCGUUGUCAUUGCUGCUGUCACCUUGCUUCCACGUCCCUGCGCUUCCAUUGAGUUCCACCGCAAGCUCUCCAGCUGGUCCAAUGGCGGAGCCACGUGGUACGGCGCUGCUAAUGGCGCCGGAAGCGAUGGUGGUGCAUGCGGGUACCAGGCUGCCGUCAACCAGGCGCCAUUCUCGUCCAUGAUCGCCGCCGGCAGCCCUUCCAUCUUCAAGUCCGGCCUGGGAUGCGGCUCUUGCUACCAGGUGAAGUGCACUGGCAAUAGCGCGUGCUCCGGCAACCCGGUGACUGUCGUCCUCACCGACGAGUGCCCCGGAGGCCCGUGCCUCGCCGAGCCAGUCCACUUCGACCUGAGCGGGACGGCGUUCGGUGCCAUGGCGAAUCCCGGCCAGGCCAACCAACUGCGCGGCGCCGGCGUCCUCCAAAUCCAGUACAACCGUGUGCCGUGCAACUGGGGCGGAGUCAUGCUAACCUUCGUCGUGGACGCCGGCUCGAACCCCAACUACUUCGCCGUGCUCGUGAAGUACGAGAACGGAGACGGCGACCUCUCGGGCAUGGACCUCAUGCAGACCGGCGCCGGGGCUGCCUGGACGCCGAUGCAGCAGUCGUGGGGAGCCGUCUGGAAGCUGAACGCCGGCUCGGCACUGCAGGCGCCGUUCUCCAUCCGCCUCACGUCCAGCUCCGGCAAGACGCUCGUCGCCAGCAACGUCAUCCCUGCUGGCUGGAAGCCCGGCGCGUCGUACACUUCGACGGUGAACUACUAUAUGUCACUAGCUCAGCCAAGAAAAAUAUUAAUGGCAAACCACGCCACUUUCGUUUUAGCCAUCCUCGUGGUAAUACCGAUCCUAUGUCUCCCCAUCUCUGGCUACGAGACUAAUCCCAGCACGCCCUCGCGGCACAACUAUACAGCCGGCGGCCGGAGCAUACUGGCGUUGGACAGAGGAUACGGCGGCUGGUCCUCCGGCGGCGCGACGUGGUACGGCGGGCCUCACGGCGAUGGCAGCGAAGGCGGCGCGUGUGGUUACCAGAGCGCCGUCGGCCAGCGCCCGUUCUCGUCGAUGAUCGCCGCCGGCGGGCCCUCCCUAUUCAAGGACGGCAAAGGCUGCGGCUCAUGCUACCAAAUUAAGUGCACCGGCAACCAGGCCUGCUCCGGCCGACCAGUGACAGUCGUGAUCACCGACUCCUGCCCCGGCGGCGCAUGCCUGAACGAGGCGGCGCACUUCGACAUGAGUGGCACUGCCUUCGGCGCCAUGGCCAACAGUGGCAUGGGCGACCGCCUACGCUCCGCCGGAGUCCUCAAUAUCCAGUACAAGAGGGUGCCGUGCAUGUUUGGCAUGAACGUGGCCUUCAAGGUGGACGCGGGGUCCAACCCGUACUACCUCGCCGUCCUGGUCCAGUACGCCAACGGCGACGGCGACCUCGCCGCGGUGCACAUCAUGGAGGGCGGCGGCAGGUCGUCCCAGAGAACCCGAGGCGGCAGGUGGACGGCGAUGCAGCAGUCCUGGGGGGCCACGUGGCGCCUCAACUCCAACACCGGCCAGCCGCUGCGCGCGCCGUUCUCGAUCCGGCUCACCUCGGGCUCCGGCAAGGUGCUCGUCGCCAACAACGUCAUCCCCUCCGGGUGGCAGGCCGGGUCGACCUACCGCUCUGCCGUGAACUACGGCGCCUGAUGCGUGCGGCGCCGUCGUGGUGUGACUGCCGCGUGUUUGUUUAGGUCUAGCGCCGCGAUAGAUUGAGAUUCGCGAGGCAAAAGCUCGUCUCGUCGAAGUGACUUUGGUGCGUGUGUGUACGCGCGCGCGUCCGGGAAUCGUGUGGUGGCCGGCCGUGGUAAAAGAGGAGGUUUGUUACUGUUAGGUGUUCGCAUUGUGUGUUACUCCCUCCAUGGCCGCUUUGCAGCUGUUUAUAGCAUGUCUAUUGGUAAAAGACUUAACUGAAUUCUGCUUCUGCAUCGCCAUUGCACCCGUUUUGAUGCGUUGACACUCUGUUUCAGCAACCGACGCUUGCAAUCUGUAUGCGGUAUC